AUGCUAAGCCACUCCUUUUGGCUGCUGUCAUCGCUUUUCAUUCUUUCGUGUACCUUUCGUAAUGUGACAGCGCGAACAGCCACAGGAUCGACGGCUCAACAGCUAGCUGCGGGUCAGACUAAAGACGACGACAACGCGAACCCGCCUGCCAGCUCCGGUGGCAGUAGCUCCCUUGCAUUCUGGGGUGACCUCUCACAAGCCUACAGAAUAUAUAAGCAAUGCGCGCAGGAUAACAUUUCCGUGUGUCUGCAGGUGAAGCUACUGACGGGGUUGCAGCGUGUGCUUCGCACCGCAAAGGUUCUCAAAAUAAUAGACGGCGUACAAUUUGUCAGAAGCUAUGAUGAUGGUGGAGCCAACGGAGGCGCAGUGAAUUCAGCGAGUUUCACAAAUGAAAAGGAGUUGGAGGCGGUAUUGCCACGUGGCACUGCUUCUAAGGAGCAGGCCUUGCACAAUAUGAUUUCACGAGAAUUUUCAAAUAUGCUGCAGAAUUUCACCUUGCAGGUGAAAUUGCCAAAUAUUCAUGAGUCGAUAGAAGACAACAAUGAUAUUGAAACGGAAAGUCGAAAGAAAAAAGAUAAAAAAGGAGGCGGCGGAGCUUAUAUAAUGAUUCCACUGCUACUCGGCGGCACAUUCAUACCGAUCGCUUAUGGAGCUCUGGCCAUGCUGGCAGGCAAAGCCUUAAUAGUUUCUAAGCUGGCACUGGUCCUCGCUUCGAUAAUUGGUAUUAAGAAGUUACUCAGUAGUAAUAACAAGGAAUCGCAUGAAGUUGUCGUCUCGUCCGGUGGCCAUUCCGGUUGGGGGCGGGACAUGGAUCUGGCUUACAGUGGCUGGAAACCGGGCAAAGAGCAUACAAAGACAAUGUAG